UCGCCUGAGGGGAUUCCGGGGGUGGCGAUGGCGGCGGCCAGCUGGGGCGGCGAGGCGAGGCGGGGGCUGCCCCGCGGGAGACUUAAAGGGCCCGGCUGGUGGCGACGGCGGGCGCGCCAAAAAAAAGAGGGCCGGCCUGGCUGGGGCCUGGAUCCGCCGCGCUGCGCUCUGCUCUGCUCUGAGGAGGCGCCCAGGCCAGACGGCGAGCCCGCCUCCCCGAGUCCCGCCCGCCAACGCCACAGACACACUCUCGCGCGCCGGGCCGCCUCGGGGAAGAAGGUCCUCCUCGCCAGAGGGGCCUGAGCCUGCCUUGUACUGAUCUCUCCAGGCUACCAUGCCUAGCAAGAGCGACCACAAGGACAAGAAAACUCCGACGGAGGAUGAAGCGGGUGCUGAUUUGGCCACCCGAACUCGCAAAAGAAAAGCUGAUGUCGCAAUUUUUUUACAUGAUCCAGAUGAAGAAAUUUCUACAGUGGAAAUGUCCAAGAAGAAACAGAAUGAAAGCCAGCAGCUAUCGUCCAGGUCUGAAGCACACGCAAAUCCCCAUAUGUUGAUCCCCACACCAGACAAAGAUGAUGAGCUGGCAAGUCCAAACUUCUCCUCUUUCAUGCAUCAGAGUCUUCUUUCAGCUAGAACUUCGCCACUGCCUGCUUUGGGCUGGGCAAAUAGAGAUGAAGUGUGGAAAAACAUGAUCAACAAAGAACAGACAUAUGUGAGGGACAAGCAAUAUAUGCAAAGGCAUCCUCUCUUGCAACCUAAAAUGCGGGUAAUUCUCCUUGACUGGUUAAUGGAGGUUUGUGAGGUCUACAAACUCCACAGAGAGACAUUUUACCUGGCACAAGACUUCUUUGAUCGGUUCAUGGCAACACAACACAAUGUUGUAAAGACACUUCUGCAACUUAUUGGGAUUUCAUCUUUAUUUAUAGCCGCAAAACUUGAGGAAAUCUAUCCCCCAAAGCUGCAUCAGUUUGCGUAUGUUACAGAUGGAGCGUGUACAGAAGACGAAAUCCUAAGCAUGGAACUCAUUGUUAUGAAGGGACUGAACUGGAAUUUGAGUCCCCUGACAGUUGUAUCCUGGCUCAACAUAUACAUGCAAGUUGCCUACCUGAAUGACAUUUGUGAAGUGCUGCUCCCACGAUAUCCCCAACAAAUAUUUGUGCAAAUAGCAGAGCUUUUGGAUCUUUGUGUGCUAGAUAUUGGCUGUCUGGAAUAUACAUACGGCGUUUUAGCCGCUUCUGCCUUGUAUCACUUCUCUUCUUGUGAGCUGAUGCAGAAAGUUUCGGGUUAUGAAUUGUGUGACAUAGAAGAUUGUGUGAAGUGGAUGGUUCCUUUUGCACUAGCCAUCAGGGAGGUGGGGAGCUCUGCGCUCAAACAUUUCAGGGGCAUUCCUGAAGAAGAUUCGCACAACAUACAAACGCACAUAAACACCUUUGGUUUGUUGGAUAGAACUGAAGCAAAACGGGUCACGGUGGCUGAGAAAAACCAGACAUCGCCUGUACCCACUGGUGUCCUCACCCCACCCCAGAGCAGUAAGAAACUGUCCUGUACAUCUCAGCAAUUGUGACCAUGCAAGCUGUCCAGAGUUUUCGGCUGAAGUGCCUCUCUUUUUUAUUGCCAAUUCUUGGUUCUCCUCUACCAGGAGACACUGCCAAUGACUGAAAAGCGUUAAGAAUUCCUUUAAAAAGGGAGAACUUUUUAACAUUUCUUUUUUUAAUGAUGGAAGAAAAUUUGCAUUAUGAGAACUAUUUUUAUUGAACACUUUUUGAAAAUGAACUGAUCGAGUUCACCAGCCGCCACCCCCCCCAAAAAACAGGCAUUUGCUUGAAUUGCUGCUAAGGAAGGUGAUACUUGAUGUGCUGAUGGAUUGAGAAAGGGCUCUGCCCUCUGCUGCUUUUGGAGCUCUGAACACGAGAUGCUUUAGCUUUGAACUAGCUGUGGAGAGCAAGCAUCUCUUCAGACCUUUAGUUUACAGGUUGGUACUUCUUUUUAAAAAACCUUUGUGUAAAUUAUAUGGUGUGUCUUGACUUUUAAAUAAAAUGCUGUCU